UCCCGCGAGCGGCGGGGGGGAGUCAUUACAGCGAGCGCAGCGGGACAGGGAUGCCGAGCCCCGAGCCUUACAGAAGAAAACACACGAUUACAGGUUCCUGGAUCUGCGGUGUCUUUUUAAAAUAUCAGAAACUUUAAUAACAGCUCGGACCUUUUGGACAGGAUUCGGUCGAAUGAUUGGGAGAAACUAACGAUACUUUUGAAGAAACUCGUUUUUGUAUUCUGGACUUGAAAAAGAAGUGACGAUACAAACGCACAAAGUGGCGGAAUCAGAAUAAACGCAUCUCGGAUCGUUUGCUUACUGCUGAGGAGUUAAAAGUCCAAGGAGGAAUCCUCAGUGAAAGAACAAAAAAAGAUGUGAGAUUUUGCAUUAAACGGUUGUUUGAGAAGCGCGAGCACGUUGCUUUCAUCUCUGUGGAGAGAAAUACUUUCCCGCCGUUUGAUUUACAUCGCUUCAGAAUGUCUGAUGUUGGAUUGUUGCAUUUGUUUCAACUUCAGAGAAAACAAAGGAACAUGUGUAACCUGACUCUCUGUGUUUUACUCUUCCUGACGUGUUCCUGCUCGUCCUUAUCUUCAUGUCCAGCCCAUUGCUCCUGCGAAACCACGGUAGUGAACUGUGUUAGCCAAAACUUGAGAUCCAUCCCACAGCCACUUCCAGAAAACAUCACCGUACUUAACAUCAGUGGAAACGAAAUAAGGAAUCUGAACAAUGAAUCUUUCCCCAAACCGCUGGAACAUUUAACAAACCUGUAUGUGUCUGGAAGCCAAGUGGAGCAAUUAGACUCCACUGUGUUUAAAAACUUGCCACGUUUGCAUUUACUUGACCUCAGCAACAAUGGGAUUUCACAGUUCAGCGUUGAGGCUUUACCUCAAGACAACAAAAUUGAGGUUCUAAACCUCAGCAAAUCCUUAUACAAUCACUCCUACAUAGGUGUGUUUGCAGAUGUUUUCAAACACAGCCUGCCGAAGGUUUCCCAUCUUGAUUUGUCCAAUAAUGACCUGGUGCUCCUUCCAGAAGGCAUAUUCACGGGCUUGUCGGACCUCACUGUUUUGGAUUUGAGGAACAACUCCCUUGUUACAAUAAGGAAUGAUACUUUUUGGAAUCGGGCACUUAAAGAGUUGGACUUACGAGACAAUGCGUUGAAAGUCCUGCCCAACGUGACCCUAGAGAAGCUCAGUUCGAUGCCUGAUUUGCGAGUCAGACUCUCGGGAAACCCCUGGCGCUGUGAUUGCAAUAUUGAGGACAUGCUGAUUUGGCUGGAGAGGUAUCAGUUCGUGGUAGACAGAUUAAACCUAACCUGUUCUGGCCCGGCAGAACUAAAAAAUGUCCCACUUUUAACCCUGGAACAAUCACAGCUCUCGUGCUGGAGCCACGCCGGAGAUGGAAUGGACCGUGCGCUGGAGCCCUCCUAUGUGUUCUUGGGGAUGGUUCUUGCCCUCAUUGGGGUCAUCUUCCUUCUGGUCCUUUACCUUAACAGGAAAGGGAUCAAGAGGUGGAUGUACAAUAUCCGUGACGCGUGCAGAGAUCAUAUGGAGGGAUACCAUUACAGAUACGAGAUCAACUCAGACCCGCGGCUAGCCAACCUCAGCCUCAACUCCGAUGUGUGACGAGACACAUUUGGAGAACUGGCUUGCACAAAUGGCACGCAAUCAUCAGACUCUAGCUUUGCAUGAAUACAUAUAUAACUGUAGAGGUUUGCUGUGACAUGCAUUCUUUUCAGUCGGAUAGGAUGUAACUGGAUUUUGCAAGCAUCAACCCUGUUAUGCUCGCUGCAGGCUCAUUCAUAUAUGCUGGUGUGUUGCUAUAAUGUUGUCCAGUGACGCAUGAAUCAAGAACAUCAUACGAUUAGAAUUCAUAUUUCCCCUUUUAUAAAAGCACAAUGGAUGGGACUGUGGAGGGAGUCUGUUUUCUUCUGAUGAAAUCUGAAAUUACAGAGUAAUCCUUUUGCAAUAUGUCAGAACAAACUGUAAUGUUAUUUUUUAUAGCUUAGUUCAUUUCUUCUGCAAAAAAGAAAAAAAAACGAUUCAAACUGCCAUGCAUGUAUUUAUGUAUUUUUUCAUUGAUGUAAAAUUAUGGCAAUAUCCACUUUUUUAUGAUGAGUUAUUGGUUUUUAUAUUUACAUUUGUUGGCUGGACAUAGAUCAACUCUUUUCUGGGGGAUGCCCUGUUGAAUUAAAGGUCUUGCACUGAU